AUGCGUCCUACGUUCCGCGCUUUGUUGCAAAAGCUAGGGGGUGAGGUCUUGCGGUUCGCGCGAGUGGCGGCCAGACGCGGCGGCCGGGGCGGAGGAUGGAGGCUGUGGUGUCCACGGCAACGGUCGUGGCCGCGCGUGAGAAGGUGGCUGUGUAGGCAACUCGGGCUCUGUGGAGACUGGCGGUGGUGGCCGGGCCAUGGCGGGAGACCGUCUGUGUUGGGCUCCCUGAGGUGCGCUCCCUGCCGUCUCGGGGAGCCGUGACCCAUGGGCUCGCUGAGCAGCCGGGUGCUGCGCCACCCAGGGCGAGCCCGAGCCCAGCAGGAGCCGGCUUCUGGGGCUGGGGGCUCCGCCCGGAGGCCGGAGACUGGUGGCGACGCGCCCGGCCAUGGCUUCUGUUACUGUCCGGGUAGUCACAAGCGCAAGCGGAACAGCGGGGCCUUCUGCUACUGUAACCCCGAUUCCGAGACCGACGAGGAUGAAGAGGAAGGGGACGAGCAGCAGCGGCUCCUCAACACCCCUCGAAGGAAAAAACUGAAGAGUACGUCCAAAUAUAUUUAUCAAACAUUAUUUUUAAAUGGUGAAAACAGUGACAUUAAAAUUUGUGCUCUAGGAGAAGAAUGGAGCUUACACAAAAUAUAUUUAUGUCAAUCUGGCUACUUUUCUAGUAUGUUCAGUGGUUCUUGGAAAGAAUCCAGCAUGAAUACCAUUGAACUGGAGAUUCCUGACCAGAAUAUUGAUAUAGAAGCACUUCAGGUGGCAUUUGGGUCAUUAUAUCGAGACGAUGUCUUAAUAAAGCCAAGUCGAGUCAUUGCCAUUUUGGCAGCAGCUUGUAUGCUGCAAUUGGAUGGUUUAAUACAGCAGUGUGGUGAGACAAUGAAGGAGACAAUUAAUGUGAAAACUGUGUGUGGCUAUUACACAUCAGCAGGGACCUAUGGAUUAGACUCUGUAAAGAAAAAGUGCCUUGAAUGGCUUCUGAACAAUUUGAUGACUCACCAGAAUGUUGAACUUUUUAAAGAACUCAGUAUAAAUGUCAUGAAACAACUCAUUGGUUCAUCUAACUUAUUUGUGAUGCAAGUGGAGAUGGAUGUAUACACAGCCCUUAAAAAGUGGAUGUUCCUUCAACUUGUGCCUUCUUGGAAUGGAUCUUUAAAACAGCUUUUGACUGAAACAGAUGUCUGGUUUUCUAAGAGGAGAAAAGGUGUGACUAAAAUUGUUACUCAAACUUUUUUUUUAGUUGAAAUUUAAUUAAAAUUGAACCCUAAUUUAUUGAUAGAGAAUUUUAGUGCUGGAGAGGACCUUGGCAGUGAUCUAACUCAAUCCUUUAUUUAUACUGAAAAAAUUUAGGUUGGAUAAAAGAGACUACAGAA